CGGUCGCGAGCGUCCCACUGCAGCUCUGUCCGGCGGCGGCGGAGAGGAUGUGCUACUAACUUCCACCGGGCAGCAAACAAACCCCCCCCCCCCCCAAAAAAACCCCCAAAACCCAAGAAACUUGACGAAAACUCUGUGAAAUAGACAGAAAGAAAAAAGGAAAAGAAAAAACAACACAGACUUGACUGACAAAGUGUCGCAACUCGCCUCACUUUGGCUUUUUAAUGAAAACUUUUUAACAACUUAAUAUCUUUUUUUUUUCUUUCUUUUCUUGAACCAAGGCAGAGGCAGUGCUCUUCACCCUCCUCCCUGAUACGUUUUUGAAUGACGCUGGCGUUUUGAGUUUUUCUAUUUUUUUUCUAUUCUUUUUAUUUGACGUUGGGAUAAAGUUUUUUCUCCUUUUUUUUUUUUGAUUUUUUUUUUUAUCAUUACGACUCGUGAUGGCUGUCCUGUCACUAGCGGUACUCCUCGUAGGAUUUGUGUUGACCUCAGCUGACAAGGCUGGCGAGGUGGAUCGAGAGGACCAGCUGAGGAGCCGCCUGAAGGAAUACGGCCUGGUCACUCCCUUCAGCACCGACUCUCACGGACACUACCUGUCGCACCUGCUCUCGGCCGCGCACAAGCAGCGCGUCAAGAGGGAGGCGCUCUCCCCCGGCGAACCCGAGCAGAAACUCUUCUUCAACAUCUCCGCCUUCGGCAAGGAGUUCCACCUGCGCCUGCGCCCGAACAACAGGCUGGUGGCCCCCGGGGCGAUGGUGGAGUGGCACGACGACGACGACGCUCGAGGAUUCGGGAAUGCCAGCGACGACAGCGCGGGUGGCGAUGCCGGGGCGGGCAUCAACCGGACUGAGGCCCGCAGCAGCGGCGUGAAGGAGAGGAUACUGCAACGGGAGCUGCUCAAGACGGACUGCACCUUUAUCGGGGACAUCUCGGACGUCCCCGGAGCCUCGGUUGCUAUUAACAACUGUGACGGACUGGCCGGAAUGAUCCGCACCGACUCCGACGAGUACUUCAUCGAGCCGCUGGUGAGGGGCACCCAGGAGCUGGAGGACCAGGGCCGGGUCCACGUGGUUUACCGCAGGUCGGCCGUGCUGCAGGCCCCCUCCGACAUCUCUGUGGACUACCAGCCUCAAGAACCAGAGCUGGACGUGCCCGGGACCUUCGACUCCGUGGCCCGGCAGGUCAACGAGACCGUUCACCGCCGCCGCCGCCGCCGGGACGCUGGGGAGGACGACUACAACAUCGAAAUCCUGCUGGGGGUCGACGACUCGGUGGUUCGGUUCCACGGCAAGGAGCACGUGCAGAACUAUCUGCUCACCCUCAUGAACAUCGUGAACGAGAUUUACCACGACGAGUCGCUGGGAGUCCACAUCAACGUGGUGCUGGUGCGGAUGAUCAUGCUGGGGUAUGCCAAGUCCAUCAGCCUCAUCGAAAGAGGCAACCCGUCGCGGAGCCUGGAGAACGUGUGCCGCUGGGCGUUCGUGCAGCAGAAGGGCGACCCGGACCACGCCGAACACCACGACCACGCGAUCUUCCUCACCCGCCAAGGCUUCGGCCCCACGGGGAUGCAGGGUUACGCUCCAGUCACGGGGAUGUGCCACCCCGUCCGGAGCUGCACCCUCAACCACGAAGACGGCUUCUCCUCGGCCUUCGUCGUGGCCCACGAGACCGGACAUGUGCUGGGCAUGGAGCACGACGGCCAGGGAAACCGCUGCGGGGACGAAACGACGAUGGGAAGCGUGAUGGCCCCUCUGGUGCAGGCGGCCUUCCAUCGGUACCACUGGUCCAUGUGCAGCGGACAGGAGCUGAAGCGAUACAUCCACACAUACGACUGUCUCCUGGACGACCCCUUCAAGCACGACUGGCCGCAACUUCCCGAGCUGCCCGGCAUCAACUACUCGAUGGACGAGCAGUGCCGGUUUGACUUCGGAGUGGGCUAUAAGAUCUGCACGUCGUUUCGUACCUUUGACCCUUGUAAACAGCUGUGGUGCAGUCACCCGGACAACCCUUACUUCUGCAAAACCAAGAAGGGCCCGCCUCUCGACGGGACGGAGUGCGCGCCCGGAAAAUGGUGCUACAAAGGUCACUGCAUGUGGAAGAACCCGAAUCAGGUCAAGCAGGACGGGGCCUGGGGCUCCUGGAGCAAGUACGGCUCCUGCUCGCGCUCCUGUGGAACCGGCGUUCGCUUCCGGACGCGUCUGUGCAACAACCCAGCGCCCUCCAACGGCGGCCAGGACUGCCCGGGAGUGAACUACGAGUAUCAGCUCUGCAACACGGACGACUGCCCGAAGCACUUCGAGGACUUCCGAGCCCAGCAGUGCCAACUCCGCAACUCCCACUUCGAGUUCCAAAGUGCCAGACACCACUGGCUGCCCUACGAACACCCUGACACCAACAAGAGGUGCCACUUGUACUGCCAGUCCAAGGAAACGGGAGACGUGGCGUACAUGAAGCAGCUGGUGCAUGAUGGGACACGGUGCUCCUACAAGGACGCCUACAGCAUAUGUGUGCGCGGAGAAUGUGUGAAAGUUGGCUGCGACCGAGAAAUUGGCUCAAUCAAAGUGGAGGACAAGUGCGGGGUCUGUGGUGGAGACAACUCCCACUGUCGCACCGUCAAAGGAAGCUUCACCAGGACGCCGAAGAAAGCUGGGAAGACCAGAGGAGCGUUCUCUCUGCCCAAAGGAGCGCGCAACGUGUUUUUAAACGAGACGGAAGACUCUCGAAAUGUUCUCGGCUUCCUUAAGAUGUUUCUCGUUCCCCCCGGAGCUAGACACGUGGUCGUCCAAGAACACGAGGCGUCCCCUCAAAUUCUUGCGAUCAAGAACCAGGCGACGGGGCACUACAUCCUCAACGGGAAGGGCGAGGAGGUCAAGUCCCGGAGCUUCAUCGACCUGGGCGUGGAGUGGCACUACAUCAUGGAGGAGGACGUGGAGACGCUGCACACGGACGGACCCCUGCACGACCCGGUGGUGGUUCUGAUAAUACCCAAGGACAACGACACGCGCUCUACUCUGAUGUACAAGUACAUCAUCCACGAGGACUCGGUGCCCGUCAACACCAACAACGUGAUCCAGGAGGAGACGUACGAGUGGGCCCUGAAGAGCUGGUCCCCGUGUUCCAAACCCUGUGCCGGAGGGUUCCAGUACACCAAGUAUGGCUGUCGAAAGAAGGGGGACACCAAGAUGGUCCACCGGGGCUACUGCGACGCCAACAAGAAGCCCAAGCCCAUCCGCAGGAUGUGCAACCUCCAGGACUGCACGCAGCCCCAGUGGAUCUCGGACGACUGGGAGCACUGCACCAAGACCUGCAGCAGCCUGGGCUUUCAGAUGCGCACGGUCCGCUGCGUGCAGCCGCUCCACGACGGGACCAACCGCUCGGUCCACAGCAAAUACUGCAGCGGCGAGAAGCCCGAGAGCCGGCGGCCCUGCAACCGAGUCCCGUGUCCCGCCCCGUGGAGGACGGGCGCCUGGUCCGAGUGCUCGGUGACCUGCGGCGAGGGGAUGGAGAGGCGUCUGGUCACCUGUCGCAUGGGAGAUCAGUGCAACGGAGAGAAACCCGAGGCCGUGAGGCCGUGCAGACCCGGGCCCUGUCACGACGAGCCGUGCAACGGGGACAAAUCCAUCUUCUGCCAAAUGGAGGUCCUGGCGCGCUACUGCUCCAUCCCGGGCUACAACAAGCUGUGCUGCGACUCCUGCACCAGGCGCAGCGGCGCGCUGACCCUGCUCCCCGAGGCGGCCGAGGCGGAGAUGGAGCACGUCCGCUUCGGAUCGGCCUCCCAGCUGCUGGAGACCUUGACGGCCUCUGCGGCAGCCAACGGCACCGGCGCCGGUAAACAAGGCGCGGGCGACAAGGGGUCGGCCGGGAAACACGCCAGCACCCCUGCGCCCCUGAAGAAAGCCCCGUCAAAGGUCACGGCGGCGCCGAGGCGGGUUCCGCGACACGCGGCUCUCGCCGGCAGGGGGCCGCGCGCCGUGGCGGCGUCUCCCCUGGCAGAUCCCACCGAGGGUCAGAGGCUGAGCGGCUCGACGGGAAGCCGGCGGCCGACGGCGCACUCCGAAGUGGAGAGAUGAGAGCGACGCCCCCUUUCCCCCCUUCAGGACUCUUUAUGGACAUUAGAUAAUCCGGCUUCACCCUGAGUCUUCUCAUCCCACAAACACCACAGAGAGAGAGAGAGAAACAAAGAAAACAAGAGAUAGAGAAAAGAAAAGUGCUGGUUCACUUUGUUUGUUGAGAGUUCGCCUGUUUGCCCCUUGACACAGACUCCAGACAUCACGUCUCACAGCGAGUUCCCACAUCAGCAUUGGAAACGCAACCUGCCCGUGUUGCUUUGCCGUCACACCUCAUAUUUGGACCGAAAGCAUAAAUUGAUAAUUUCAAGGUGAAGGAAGGGUCACGUGGUCCGGAGGGGAUUUUCAUCCGUGUCAAAUGAACGGCUUGAGGAAACGCAGCUUCGGUGGCAGAUAGUGAAUCAUUCGAGGGAUACAAAAACAGCCCAGAGGACAGGUUAGGAUUCAAUAUACACGUACCAAGUAGAUACCAUGAAAGAAACGGACUUCUUCACUCAGGCGCAGGAAGGUGUUGGCAUUUCCCUCUUCCUCCGGUCCUGUCCUUUAAUGAAUUAGGCCCCGAGUGUCUGCGCAGCGGGUGGCGAGGAGGAAAAUGUCAAUAGGUGCGGCCAUUAGGGCCGAUUCCGUCUGUGGGAAAAUCUAUGCAGGGCAUGAAAUGUUUCACUUCUUGCAUUCGCCAUGUUGUCCUUUGUUUAUGUGGCUAGUAAACGAAUGAAAUGCCUCCGUCUUACAUGAUGAGAGGCUCAGUUUGUGAGGCAUCUCACCUUGACGUUCAGGACAAACGGACAAAAGAAUAUUUCAAAGAUCGAAACGAGGUGAUCUGAUACAGCUGAAAAUCCCCCUAAAUGUUACAGUCAGCCAUUUUCUUGCCAAAGCGAAUAAAUAAAGUACUGUACCGGUACUCGUGGGUUUACUUGCAAUGUACAGAAGUCAGACAUGGGACUCUGAUUGAGUGCGUUUUGGAAAGUUGACCGGAGAUGAACCAGUGAAGACCAUUAGGAAAAUGGUUUCUUUAGUUGUAUAGAUUAUUUUAUAUAUCCAGCAAUGUCUGUUGAGUGGCACUCUUCAUUUUCUACGGAAAUGGGUAUUUAUAAAGGUUCCUGUAAAUACUGUACAUGAAAAUAUCAGUAUUAUUUUUCAGAAAAAGCUAAGGAUACUUUGAAACACCCAACUUUUUAAAAAAAAAAUCAAAUUAAAAUAACGGAGAUUCUUCUGAAUGCUUAACCUUUUCAGUAGCAGUAGCAACCGCUCUCUGAAAGGAUCAAAAAUGAUGAUUUAUUUUCUCCCUGAAUUCUGCAAAAAAAAAACAAUCUGCGCACGUAUUAUUUUUAAAAGUUUGACAUUUUUGGGAAAUGCACUUCGUGCCAAAAGCUGGAGGAGGAGAUGGAAACGACUCUCGUGUCUGUAGGCUAACUACGAAGCUACGGUUAGUUUAGCUUAGCACAACGACUGGCUAUAGAACAGCUAGCUUACUAAAGAGCAUCGAUUAACUUUAUAUCUUUAUCUUUGUUUAUUUGUAAAAAAAAAACACCAAAGUUUUUUCCACAUGUUAAGAUUCUGAGUGUACGACUUUCAGCAAGAAAUUGAAAAAGCAUAUAGUUCCAAACGUGUCAAAUAGUUUUCACCCCGGCCUUGACCUCUUUCUAAAUGACAAGUGUGUGUGGUGCUAGCCAUCAACCCCUUGUCUGGCUCGUCUGUACUCGACUCCUUGUGAAAGUUCUUUCUCAGAAAGUGUGAAAAUGUCACGUUGAAGAAGGGAACGCGUUUGUCAAUGUGUCCUCUCAACGCUAGACGUUUCUGACAGGACGCUCGUGUUCAGCUGGGAAAUUCUCAAUGCAUCAACCAAAAAAAGAACUAAAGAAAAUUCAACCUGACAGGUUACUAUUGAAUUCCAAACACACAUCAAAGCUGCAUUAAGCAAUUUUUGACCACUAGGAAACACAGCUCUCAUUCGCUCAUUAAGUGCUAACGGCUAACCGGUUAGCACGCACUCGCUUACUGACUGAUGCACAUCCGGAGGCCGAGAACGCGGUGAGAAUGAGCUCGUCCGUUGGCUCAACCCCUUGCGCGUGCGUAUUGUCGAGUCUCCUGGAAUUCCAACGCUGGCGGCCAACGACAUAUCAUCCCACAUAUGUUUGUUGAAUUUACUCUUUUAAAGCAUUUCAAUUCUGUGACUUAUUGAAUUCAUUUUUGAGCCCAUCGCAGCGGACAAUAUGUUCGUUUUGAAAAGAAAUAAUCACUUCACCUACCUCUCUUCUUUCGCCUUUUCCCGCCUCAUUCAAAUAUCUGCCACCGUCAGAGGAACGGGAAAAACUGCGGUGCCGAUUGAUCCGCCUAUUGCGCCGCGGAGAAGAGGAGCGAGCAGCCAAUCACGUUGCGACCUCUUUAUCGUCCUCGGGCCCCAGAGAACACGGCCGCGACCACACAUGUAGCCCGGACGCAUAGAAUCCCACUUACGUUCAUCCACCCGAUGGACGUAAGUGGAAAGACUCGCUCCGCUUUCCGCUCAGACUUUGGUCUCCACCGAGCUCCUCGGACAAAAACCCCCCGAAUCUGUGCCUCUUCAGCCGCUCGAUUAUCGGCUGCAUUCACCAGCUCCCUGUUAAUGGCUGUGUGGCGCUGCGGCGGCUGGAGUGAGCGACCGUUUCACAUCGCACAGAACUAUUCGAAUACUUUGUGCAUCAAAAGUGUGCUUAAUGGAGCGCGCAGCCUCGCGCCCGCUCCUCGGUCUGAACGAGGUUCUGGGGCACGUGCUGUGUUUGCAGGAGCGACGACUUUUAAAAGAGGUUUUACUGUAUGUGGAACGGUUUUGUUUUUUUUCUUCUUCUUUUUUGCUUCAAAGUAAUUUCUAAAUGGCUUUUUUUUGUUAUGGUUCAGGAGAGAAAGCUAUUUAUUCCAAAAAAAGAAAAAAAAAAAAAAAAAGGAUUUCCUCACAACCACCAUGCAUCUGACUGCAAUAGCCAAAGCACACGUUUUGUGUUUUCAGCAAUAGCUCGCAACUAUUCACACUCACUCCUGUGUGCCAAUGUAUAGUACAUGUAUAUAGCAUUGAGUACAUGAAUAUUUAUUGAAAGUUAAAGGGUCCUGCUUUGUUUUUUACAGCGUGCGAGGUGCCGGCUGAUCAAUAAGCUCCAGCAGACAAACCAUAGAUCGCCAUCUACAUUUUCUACUUGUAACUGGAUUUCUACUCGUCUUCUUUUCUUUCUAAAGAAAAAACAUGAUAGGAUAGAAACGACAUUGUUCCCUUUUUGUAAACAAUUAGAUGUAAAUAUACAUGCUCAAUUUUUGAGAUGUUUUUUACCUUUCUUGUCAGAAAGCUGUUUUUUUCCCCGCAGCUGUUUCGUAGAAGUCGUGAACGGAGCUGUGCCAACCGCAGCGACAUGUACUGACCAGACAAAUGCUUUAUUAUAACCAAUAAAACAUGAAUAGCGUAGCACCAGUAACGUUUUGUUUUUUUUAUAAAUGCUGUUUGUAGUUUGUCAGCGUUGUCUUACCAUUUGACAUUUCUCUUUUCACACCCUUUACUCGCUGCCCUAUAAAACAUUGCUGCUAAUGUUGUAGAGAGCUUGUAACGAUACGUAGGAUAUAGUUGUAGAUGUUACGUUGACAAUCCCUGAGCCUCAGACAGAUAUUGCUGCAUAGGAUUCUCCAUGUACUGUAUCAAUACCCCCCCCCCUCCCCCUGUGCUAUCGAUAAUAAUAAUUAUAAUAAUAAUAAUAGCGAUUGUCACGACUGUCAGUCACUCUCUGCUCUAUUCUGCUUUUCUAUGUAUUUGUGUAGAUUGAAGUGUACACUACUGAUACUGUUUGUUGUAAUGGGGAGCACAUAGCAAUAAAAGAUAUGAUCGACGA